AUGUGCAUUGCCCUUCCACGCAGGCACCGCGCCCAAACCAGCGCCUCGCCCUUCAAAAACCUUCCAUACCAACGUCUCAACUCCCCGCCCCCAACGCCCCGGAUGGCACCGAGACCCACUUCCGCACCGGUGCCCGCUGUCGUCGCCGUCGCUGUCGACGAGGUCGCUCCGGCCCCGUCCCCAUCGGCCCCGUCCCCAUCGGCCCCUCGCAUAGCCUCCCAGCAUGAGCGCCUCCUUAUGGAGCUGCUACCUUUCGAAGACACCGCGACAUUCCGCGACUGGCUCGACGGCCCGUUCGUGCGCGGGUCAUGGGAUGAGUUCUGCGCGGACUACCUCUCCCUGGCGUUACUCAGGGCCGAAUCGCCCGGCGCCGUCCCGGAACCGGACAAGGCCCGCACGGCGCGGGCGGCGCGGGAGGCGCUCGGCACCCGGAAGCCAAAGUUCCUCGUCUACCAUCCGGACAAGACGGGCUGGGCGGCCGAGGACCACUACGUGCGCUUCGUCGUGACGCUCAUCGCGGACAACGGGCUGCGGAACAUGUGGAACGGUUCCGAGUGGAAAAGGAAGGGGCUGGACAUCGCCAAGGCCGCGUACGAGGUGCUCGUCUACCUCAAGGCGACCAUGGUGUACCCGGACCCGAACCCACCCAAUUACUAUGCAUGA